UGAUUGCUAACCGAUUCCUCGUUAGCUCGAAUGGAAAUGUCCGUCGGCCAGCUCAAUUUUUUUUUUUUAGAAAAUUGUCAUCCGCUUGAAAGACAGCGGAUCGGCUGGAACUAUUUGCCCGGCGAAACUUGUUCUUUGCCGGUUAAAACGAUUCGGGCCGCCGUCACGUUCUACGACAAAGAAACAGGGCCGACGCUUUAGACCAAAUGUCCAAUAACGCAACGGAUAGCGUGCAUACGCGUGCGGUUUUACCUCGCAAAGAUGGAUGGAGACGGUGCCACGACCGACGCCUCCCAGCUGGGCAUCACAGGGGAGUUCAUUCCAUCUUCGCACUAUGUGUUGCAGCAGGAUGAUGAUGCCGACGAAGGUAUGAACGACCACGAUGACAGUGGCGCGAAGGAGAACUACCGGGAGCAGGACAUCUACCUCCCCAUCGCUAACGUAGCUCGCAUUAUGAAGAACGCCGUCCCGCAAACUGGAAAGAUUGCAAAAGACGCCAAAGAGUGCGUGCAGGAGUGCGUCAGCGAGUUCAUCAGCUUCAUCACCAGCGAGGCCAGCGAACGCUGUCACCAGGAGAAGCGCAAGACCAUCAACGGUGAGGACAUCCUGUUCGCUAUGUCCACGCUGGGCUUCGACAUGUACGUGGAGCCGUUAAAGCUGUACCUGCAGAAAUUCCGAGAGGCAAUGAAAGGGGAAAAGGGCAUCGCCGGUGUGUCUGUGGGGGAAAGCCUUGGAGAGGAGCUAGCAGAUGACAGCUUCGCAAACACUCUCCCUGCGGGAAUAAUAACAGCUGACGGUCAACAGCAAAACGUCAUGGUGUACACCACAUCAUAUCAACAGAUUCCCACCGUACAGCAGAUCCAAUUUUCAUGACCAGGUCUCACGUCCAGCGUAAACAAGUGACCAGUGCGCGCCAAAUGAACCUCUGGAGGACUCAGAUGGUGACGUAGCGACGCACCCUUCAUGCACAGGCAAAACCACAACCUGACGAGUAGAAAGUAGUUUUUUAAUUUAAUUCCAUCAUGAGAAUUAAAGUCUUUUUGUGUAGUUGUGUGAUACCAAACUGUUCUGGACUAAGUGUUUUUUUGGGCAACGUGACGUAAUUAGUGUUCAGAUUCCUUCAGUGCAUGUGAUGGCGUGUUUGUAAUAUUUUUCCUUUGGGGGGAAAAAAGGGGCUUGAAGUGGCGGGUGAUCAUUUUUAGCCACUUCUUGUGAAUUAAUUUUUUUCAUGUAUGUACAUUUUUGUGGUUAUUACAUGUUCUGCAAUACAUACGAACGAAAUAACUGUGUAAACGUUACAGUAUUUUUAUUUAUAGCAUAAAAAUGCCAAAUAAAUGGAAGCUGUUAUCAU